AGUACACGUCCAGAGUGAGCUAUCCUAGGGCCGGGGAGGACGAUAGUCAACUUGCAAGUUUAGAGAUACUGCUCGUCAGUAGCCCCUCUCCCUAUUACGAGCUUCCUCCGUCUGUGGUUCAUGACUGUUGCAGUCGGGGACACGCACGCAUUAGCGCUCAUCAUGCCGGUUCGAGCUGAGCGCUGCAGCAGCACCGCUGCGGCCCGUACAUCCUCAGACUCUCUUAUCCCUCCCCCGCCGAUCAACACGCACCAGCCCGGGGUAGCUACUUCGCUGCUGUACAGCGGUUCACAGUUUCGAGGGCAUCAGAAGAGCAAAGGAAACUCGUAUGACGUUGAGGUCGUUUUGCAGGUAAAUUAUCUUGCUUUUAAGAAGCUUGAUAUGAUGGUUAGCAUGCUUGCAAGCUGACCAUGUAAGGUUGUCUUGUCACUGCUGCUAGUGACUGUCAACCACCACUGUCACGCAACCGAUUUAGCAAGCUAGCCAGCUGAACUAGUUAGUUAGCAAACAAACUAGUUUAGGAAGCUUGACAGCAAGUAAUCUGUAGCUUGUAGCUAGCUAGCCCAUUCAAAUAGACGGUAAAUGUUAGUAAGCUCCCUUGGCCCCCCUAGGGUUCUCGAGAGAUAACAGCCAGUUAUGCAAAUAUUUGGAUAGAUGAAUACUGGCAUUCACAUGCAUGAUUUAUGUAAACAAAUGGCCUAAUUGUUAAAUGACAAAAGGUAGCUAGCCUUCAGCAUUUUCGUUGGUGCUCGCUCAGAUAAACUGACAGCUGACUAUUGAAUAGGCCUGUUCAUUCAUUUGAGAAAACCUCUGAAAAUACCUGAGAAUAACAUUUGUGAAUAGCCUGGUUGUCAUUCUGUGAAGGCACAUGAUGGGUUGUUGUUGUUGUGUACACACACACACACACACGGACAUUGUGACCACUGUACUUGAAUACCACUCAUUGUACGAUUGUUUGUCUCCUGUAGCAUGUGACCAUGGAGGACUCUUAUCUGUGUGGUUACCUGAAGAUCAAAGGCCUAACCGAGGUAAAGUGGAGCAGAACUGGGUCAGAUACAGUGUACUUCUACCUUACCGCUCACAUGGAAUGAGAGAUGGUGGUGUCAUGGGUCUUUAAGCCCCUUUUGGGAACUUAUCAUGGCAGGGGUCAGUGUAAGCUAAGUGCAAUGCAGCUCACCAGCCCCAAUUUAAAUGUACAUACAUACAUCAUACAUUAUGAUGACAACAUGCUAAACAACAAGCCAGAGCCAUCUAUUGACCAAUUUGCAACACCAGUAUGAAGGGCUAUCUGUUACGUUGCAAAAGUGUAGGCUACAGAUGUAGGUCUUGUCAGAGCACUGUAUACCGUAUUUGGACGUUUAGUCUUAAAUUGAUUGACUGACUGACUGCCUGCCUGACUGCCUCUAAGAUGGUACAGACAGUCAUAGAACAGGCCUGUGUGCUGCAGCUUUCUGCCUGCAUUGUCUGUUUACAGCGAGGUCUACAAUUCAGAGGGUGUGUGGUACAGAAUGUGAUUGCUGUGCACUUUCUCUCACUGGCAACACUAAAUAUCAGGGCCCUUCCUACUCUCCUCUCCUCAUAAAUUACACAGAUCCCUUCUUCUCUCACCCUGCUGUUCACCUCUUCUCUUAGAGAAUGAGUUGUGAGUGACUCAAAGGGAGUGCUCAGGGAAAGGGUGCACUUUGUUUACUUAACAAGGUGCUACCUACCACUGUUCUGGCACCUGGCACCUUUGCAUAAUGUUAAAGUGAGCUGGGUCGUAUUCAUUCGGACACACCGCAGCAAAUUGUUUUGCAACGGAAAAAGAAAACACGUUGAGGUCGACCCUCCCCGUUUUAGUUUUUCAGUUCUCCUGUUUGUUGAAUAUGAAUAUGACCCUGCAUUAAACAGGCAUUGCUGUUCGUUAUUGAUGGCAGUCCUGUGUGUGACACGUCAUUCAUCACUGCAAAGGACAUGUGUUCCAGCCAGGAACCCUUCCUAAAGGAACCUUGGUAACCAUGACUGUAGAGUCAGAUUAUGGGAAUAGUAAAAGUGGGAGCACAGCUAGAUCCAUGUAUUCAGGUCUAUAAACAGAAAAGCAUUGGGAAUAUUUACCUACUUUGUUGGAGACAACCGUUAUGAUGUGUGUGACUGUAAGAAAGAUUGAGUGUGCCGUGUAUAACUAAAACCAUCUCUUUUGUCAGUGAAAGUCCUUACGGAGAAGGAAACAGGGUUGUAUUCUCUAGGAACAAAACCAAAGCAAACGGGGAGGGACUACCUGAACUUGUCCAAUAAACUCUUGUUUUCAUUGCAAUACAUUUUCCAUUGCAAAAAGAUUCUCUACAAUAAUCGAGAAUUUCAACAAGCAUUUUGCUACGGCUGGCCAUGCUUUCCACCUGGCUACCACUACCCCGGCCACCAACUCUGCACCCUCCGCUGCAACUUGCCCAUGCCCCCUCCGCUUCUCCUUCACACAAAUUCAGACAGCUGAUGUUCUGAAAGAGCUGCAAAAUCUGGACCCCUACAAAUCAGCUGGGCUAGACAAUCUGGACCCUUUCUUUCUAAAACUAGCCGCCGAAAUUGUCGAAACCCCUAUUACUAGCCUGUUCAACCUCUCUUUCGUAACGUCUGAGAUCCCCAGAGAUUGGAAAGCUGCCGCGGUCAUCCCCCUCUUCAAAGGGGGUGACACUCUAGAUCCAAACUGUUACAGACCUAUAUCCAUCCUGCCCUGCCUUUCGAAAGUAUUUGAAAGCCAAGUUAACAAACAGAUCACCGACCAUUUCGAAUCCCACCGUACCUUCUCCGCUAUGCAAUCCGGUUUCCGAGCUGGUCAUGGGUGCACUUCAGCCACGCUCAAGGUCCUAAACGAUAUUAUAACCGCGAUCGAUAAUAGACAGUACUGUGCAGCCGUCUUCAUCGACCUGGCUGCACCGCAUUCUUAUUGGCAGACUAAAUAGCCUUGGUUUCUCAAAUGACUGCCUCGCCUGGUUCACCAAUUACUUCUCAGAUAGAGUUCAAUGUGUCAAAUCGGAGGGCCUGUUGUCUGGACCUAUGGCAGUCUCUAUGGGGGUGCCACAGGGUUCAAUUCUUGGGCCGACUCUUUUCUCCGUGUAUAUCAAUGAUGUCGCUCUUGCUGCUGGUGACUCUCAGAUUCACCUCUACGCAGACGACACCAUUUUGUAUACAUCUGGCCCUUCAUUGGACACUGUGUUAACAAACCUCCAAACGAGCUUCAAUGCCAUACAACACUCCUUCAGUAGCCUCCAACUGCUCUUAAACACUAGUAAAACUAAAUGCAUGCUCUUCAAUCGAACGCUGCUGGCACCCGCCCACCCGACUAGAAUCACCACUCUCGACGGGUCUGACCUAGAGUAUGUGGACAACUACAAAUACCUAGGUGUCUGGUUAGACUGUAAACUCUCCUUCCAGACUCACAUUAAGAAUCUCCAAUCCAAAGUUAAAUCUAGAAUCGGCUUCCUAUUUCGCAACAAAGCCUCCUUCACUCAUGCUGCCAAACAUGCCCUCGUAAAACUGACUAUCCUACCGAUCCUUGACUUCGGCGAUGUCAUUUACAAAAUAGCCUCCAACACUCUACUCAGCAAAUUGGAUGUAGUCUAUCACAGUGCCAUCCGUUUUGUCUCCAAAGCUCCAUACACUACCCACCACUGUGACCUGUACGCUCUUGUUGGCUGGUCUUUACUACAUGUUCGUCGUCAAACCCACUGGCUCCAGGCCAUCUAUAAAUCACUGCUAGGCAAAUCCCCGCCUUAUCUUAGCUCAUUGGUCACCAUAGCAGCACCCACCCGUAGUCUGCGCUCCAGCAGGUAUAUCUCACUGAUCAUUCCCAAAGCCAACACCUCCUUUGGCCGCCAUUCCUUCCAGUUAUAAUAAUAAUAAUAUGCCAUUUAGCAGACGCUUUUAUCCAAAGCGACUUACAGUCACGCGUGCAUACAUUUUUGUGUAUGGGUGGUCCCGGGGAUCGAACCCACUACCUUGGCGUUACAAGCGCCGUGCUCUACCAGUUGAGCUACAGAGGACCACCCAGUUCUCUGCUGCCAAUGACUGGAACGAAUUGCAAAAAUAUCUGAAGCUGGAGACUCUUAUCUCCCUCACUAACUUUAAGCAUCAGUUGUCAGAGCACCUUACCGAUCACUGAACCUGUACACAGCCCAUCUGAAAUUAGCCCGCCCAACUACCUCAUCCCUAUAUUGUUAUUUAUUUUGCUCUUUUGCACCCCAGUAUCUCUAUUUGCACAUAAUCUCUUGCACAUCUAGCAUUCCAGUGUUAAUACUAAUUGUAAUUAUUUUGCACUAUAGCCUAUUUAUUGCCUUACCUCCAUAACUUGCUACAUUUGCACACACUGUAUAUAUAUUUUCAGUUGUAUUUUUUGACUUUAUGUUUUUUUACCCCAUAUGUAACUCUCUGUUGUUGUUUUUAUCGCACUGCUUUGCUUUAUCUUGGCCAGGUCGCAGUUGUAAAUGAGAACUUGUUCUCAACUGGCUUACCUGGUUAAAUAAAGGUGAAAUAAAAAUAAAAUAAAAAAUGGUGUUCACUAAUGAACCCAGCUCUCACUCGCUCUUAAUCUGCGUUUCUGGUGUUCACAGGAGUAUCCCACUCACCAUGUUCUGUUUCUGUUCCUUACAGGAGUAUCCCACUCUCACCACGUUGUGUUUCUGAUCCUCGCAGGAGUAUCCCACUCUCACCACGUUCUGUUUCUGAUCCUCGCAGGAGUAUCCCACUCUCACCACGUUCUUCGCAGGAGAGAUCAUCAGUAGAAAGAGGCCCUUUUUAACCAGGAAGUGGGACGCCGACGAAGAUGUGGACCGCAAGCACUGGGUAUUCAUUUGAAGCUCUCGAUGUCUUUAAUUUCAUAUUCCCAUUGAAGCAUAGUCAUUUGUCUGUGUGGUGUUUUCUUCUUUUUAACAAACACUUCUUGGAUGCAGGGUAAUACUUCAGUUUUUAAUUGUCUUUGAGAAAAAGUACAACUAAAACAACACAUUUUUGUUUUGUUUCUUUCCAGGGGAAGUUUCAGGCUUUUUAUCAGUACGCAAAGAGCUUCAACUUGGACGACUUCGAUUAUGAAGAGCUGAAGAACAGUGAUUUUGUCUUUAUGAGGUGGAAGGUGAGGCCAAAAUCACCUGAUGUUCCAUUGAUCGCUCGUUCUCUCUCCCUGUGUGAACUUUAACCUUUAACCCUUCCUCUGUGUCUCUACACUUGUUCUUACCUUAGUAUGGAUGGACGUUUUCUGAUAUUGCCUCUGGCCACACAGAUGUAUGAAAAUGCAUUUAUAUGUAUGCAUUUAUCAUUGUCUAGUUUUGUUCAUCCAAUUUUGGGGGGAGGCUCGAUCUAUAUUUUUUGGGGAAAAAAUCUGUCUGGCCGUAGCGUGCCACGUUUGUCCUUUCUAACAUUUUACAUUUUCGUAAUUUAGCAGACACUCUUAUCCAGAGCGACUUACAAAUUGGUGCAUUCACCUUAUGAUAGCCAGUGGGACAACCACUUGGGGGGGGGGGGGGGUGGGGUGGGGGGGGGGGGGGGGGGGGGGGUGGGGGGGGGGGGGGGGGUGGGGUGGGGGGGGGGGGGGGGUAGAAGGAUUACUUUUAUCCUAUCCCAGGUAUUCCUUAAAGAGGUGGGGUUUCAAGUGUCUCCGGAAGGUGGUGAGUGAGUCCGCUGUCCUGGCGUCGUGAGGAAGCUUGUUCCGCUGCUCUGGCACCCCAAUGGUGAACAGUUUUGACUGGGCUGAGCGGGAACUGUGCUUCCGCAGAGGUAGGGGGGCCAGCAGGCCAGAGGUGGAUGAACGCAAUGCCCUCGUUUGGGUGUAGGGACUGAUCAGAGCCUGAAGGUACGGAGGUGCAGUUCCCCUCACAGCUCCAUAGGCAAGCACCAUGGUCUUGUAGCAGAUGUGGGCUUCAACUGGAAGCCAGUGGAGUGUGCGGAGGAGCGGGGUGACGUGAGAGAACUUGGGAAGGUUGAACACCAGACGGGCUGCAGCGUUCUGGAUGAGUUGUAGGGGUUUAAUGGCACAGGAAGGGAGCCCAGCCAACAGCGAGUUGCAGUAAUCCAGACGGGAGAUGACAAGUGCCUGAAUUAGGACCUGUGCUGCUUCCUGUGUAAGGUAGGGUCGUACUCUGCGAAUGUUGUAGAGCAUGAACCUACAGGAUCGGGUCACCGCUUUGAUGUUAGCGGAGAAUGACAGGGUGUUGUCCAGGGUCACGCCAAGGUUCUUUGAACUCUGGGAGGAGGACACAACGGAGUUGUCAACUGUGAUGGCGAGAUCAUGGAGCGGGCAGUCCUUCCCCGGGAGGAAGAACAUGGCCAUAUAGUGACUAGCGUUUGUUUCUUGUCCUCUCCCUUACAGGAGCAGUUCCUGGUCCCGGACCAUACCAUUAAAGACAUCAGCGGGGCGUCCUUCGCUGGUUUCUACUAUAUCUGCUUCCAGAAGUCCACAGCCACCAUCGAGGGCUACUACUACCACAGAAGCUCAGAAUGGUACGUAGUCUGCGUCCCAAAUGACACCCUAUGGACCCUGGUCAAAGUAGUGCACUAUAUAGGGAAUAGGGUGCCAUUUGGGAGGCAAGCACACUGGAGUGUAAAUAUUUACCAGUUGUUGUUUUGCAUGCUGAUCUGAACAUACAGGGAUGUUGCUACUGGUUAGCUGCUUUGCUACUGGCUAGCUUGGUUAGCUGCUUGGCUACUGGUUAGCUGCUUGGCUACUGGCUAGCUGCUCGGCUACUGGCUAGCUUCUCAUUCUUGGUCCCCUUGUUCUCUUCCAGGUACCAGUCGUUAAACCUCACCCACGUCCAGGAACACAGUAUGCCCAUCUACGAGUUCCGGUGA